CAUAAAUUAUUUUAAAUUUUAGGUUGACUAGUGUACGGAACCUCGAUCUUGUGCAAAAACGCACGGAAGCGAUUGCAUCGCCUAUCGCGCCUUUGUUUGACCAUCCAACGUUGCUAUUAAUACACCGGAGUUGCAAAGUACAGUUGAUAAUAAAUAAAGCACACACAAAUACAACUACAACCACAACUACAACUUAGUAUUUUCUCUUUAUUUACAACUACAGGUUGACUACAGUACCAAAAGCAAGGAUCGACCAUGACGCUCAGCAGCAACGCAAUACGCAAGUUCCUCUCUCCCGUGGAUGAAAAAGAAGCAGAAGAUCCUCUGAACUGGGACACUACAUCGGUCCUCUCCAGCUCUCACAACUCUGUUGGAGACGAUGAAGCUCAGGAAGUCAAAGAGGUGGAGCAGGCUGCCAAGAAGGACACUAUUCGCAUCAACCGUUGGAGGAUUGUCUUGAUGUUGUUGCUCUUUGCUACGGCAGUGACCCUGACAGUCUUGACGUACAUUACUCUGGAUGCUGAGCAGGAGAACAACUUUACAGCGGCGUACAACGAAUUCUCCUUGACCGUAGAAGACGCCGUGGUCCGCCAGCAAACGGCCAUUCGAAACUCCCUCCGAUCCUUCUCCCAUCAACUCUCCUCCACGGCUCAUUCUCUCAACGCGACGUGGCCGUUUUUCACACUCCCCGACUUUGAAAUCCACGCGGGAGAAGCCCGCAGUCAGUCGCAGACGGAAUUCCUCGGUGUGUUUAACAUUGUCAACCAUACCGAUCGUCUCGAUUUUGAAGAAUACGCCGACUACAUGCACCGCGACUGGAUCAAAGAGGGACACCAGUACCGCUAUGGGAGCCUCAAGAAUCUCGAUCAAGUCGCCUACCAUCCCUACAUUACUCGUGCCGGAUCAGACUUUGGAACCUUUGAUGCCGAAGACGAGUUUCCCAACUAUGUCGUGUCGUGGACAUACUCUCCCCCUCCGGUUACGUACGGCGCCACGAAUCAUAACCAACGAGGACCACUCUACGAUGCCGUUCUGAAACUGGGCAAUGAAACGCUCAUGGGACCCAUCAAGGAAUUCAAGUUGGGAGGCAUUGUCUUUUCCACGGCGGCUCAUGAUGCCUUUCACUCCAAGAUCAAGGGCAGCAGUUCCGACUUUCCUCACGGACAAUACCUUCAUCCGGUUCAUCGUCAAGUGGCCAAUCCCGACAGUGAUGUGGUGGCCAUUCUCGAGUUGAUUGUGGGAUUUGACGUUUCCAUGCGCAAUCUAUUGCCCGAUACCGUCAAGGGAUUGGUCGCGGUCUUGAGUAACACAUGUGGGCAAAUCUAUACCUACGAAAUCUCGGGGCGGGAUGCCUUUUACGUCGGCCCAGAAGAUCUCCACGACACUCAGUUCGAUGUCUAUCGAAGGGAAUUUGAUCUGGCAUUCUUGACACAUCCCAAUGCCAGCAGUACUCCGGGACAUUGUGUCUACAAAAUGGAGCUCUACCCAAGCACAGUGUUCAAAGAUCAGUACUAUGGUAGCACUCCCAUUGGCUUUACGGUUGCCGUUGCUUUGACGUUUGUGUUGAUUGCUGUCGUCUUUGUUUGCUAUGAUGUCUUUGUGCAACGGCGCAACACAAACAUGAUUUACAAUGCUGCCAAGACUAGUGCACUGGUCACAUCCAUGUUCCCUCGACACAUUCGUGAUCAGCUCAUGCAGCAAAACGAAAGUCGAAAGAACAAGAAAAGGAGCAAGGGAGGAGAACCCAUGACCAAGUCUAGCAAAAUGAGAAGUUUUCUCACGGAUGGGGACUCUGAUGAUGAUAAGGGCAGGGGGAACCAGGGCAACAAUUCACUGGCAGACUUGUACUUGGAGACCUCUGUGAUGUUUGCAGAUAUCCAAGGUUUUACUGCGUGGUCCUCCACCAGAGAACCCUGCCAAGUGUUUGAAAUUCUGGAGGGGAGCUUCACAGAGAUGGACCGGCUGGCUCGAAAGAUAGGCAUCUUCAAAGUCGAGACUGUGGGGGAUUGCUACGUUGCUGUUGCAGGGCUGCCGGAACCUCGCCAUGAUCAUGUAGUUGCCAUAACACGCUUUGCCACAGCAUCAAUCAGGAGCUUUGGAAAGGUCAUGCAAAGAAUGGAAGUCAAGCUUGGUCCGGAUUGCUCUGAUCUACAACUCAGGAUUGGAAUCCACUCUGGCCCUGUUACAGCCGGCGUCUUGCGGGGAGAUAGAGCUCGUUUUCAGCUGUUUGGUGACACAGUAAACACCUGUGCUCGCAUUGAGAGCUCCGGUACCGGAGGAAAGAUCCAUGUCAGCGACGCUACUGCGACACUACUUACUAACAAAGGAAUGGGAAACUGGUUGGUCCCAAGGUCGGCACAAAUUGAAGCCAAAGGCAAGGGUUUGCUUACCACAUACUGGGUAGAGCAGCCUGAAGCAGUUGCGAAUAAGUCUCCAGCAGUUGUCCAGAUCAACACUGAAUCUGGAACAGAUCCGUCGGAGUCAUCUGACCUGUUCCUACGUAGUCUGCAUCAUCGAGCCAUUGCUGUUUCCGACGAUAAGGUCGAACGUCUAAUCAUGUGGAACACUGAUACCCUGCUGAAACUACUCAAGCAUGUGGUUGCAAGACGCAUGGCUCGCCAAAGGCAUAACGGCGCUUUGGACUAUCUGAAAGGAUCAUCGAACAUGCCAGACUCCAAUCUUGAGAAGACCAACGCCCCCAUCGAAGAGGUCAAGGAGAUCAUCGAACUUCCUGAAUUCAACACAACAGUAGCCAAACUACAACCAGACCCAGAAACUAUCAAACUCCACAAAAAUGUCGCUCCUCAGCUGCGAAUGGUUGUGUCUCGAAUCGCCGCAAUGUACAAUCAGAAUUCUUUCCACAACUUUGAACAUGCCUCGCAUGUGGUCAUGUCUGUAACCAAAAUCUUAUCUCGGAUAGUGCAACCGGCUGAACUGGAGGAAGAGAUUAUGCAACAGAACGGGGGCAUCGGAACGAAAGCUGCCGCAUCAGAAUCGCUGCAUGAUCACACAUACGGAAUUACCAGUGAUCCGCUAACUCAUUUUGCCUGUGCUUGGUCAGCUCUCAUCCACGAUGUCGACCAUUUGGGAGUUCCCAACACUCAGCUUGUGGAGGAAAAGACUGAGACAUCAAUUCGAUACAACAACAGAAGCGUGGCAGAACAGAACUCCCUGGACUUGGCAUGGAACUUGCUGAUGGAAGACCAGUUUAGUGACUUGCGAGCUGCGAUCUUCAGCAAUGGAGAGGAACGUGCCCGUUUCCGGGCGCUAGUGGUCAACGCCGUCAUGGCAACUGACAUUGCUGACAAGGAUUUGAAGGCUCUUCGAAAUGCUCGUUGGGACAAGGCGUUCAAGAAGGGAGACGUUAAUAGUUCUGAUCCAGUGGAAGAGCAAAGCCCCCGAGAUGCCGUCAACAGGAAGGCAACGAUUGUGAUUGAGCACAUCAUCCAAGCAUCAGACAUUUCGCACACAAUGCAACAUUGGCAUGUUUACAGGAAAUGGAACGAGCGUCUCUUUGCUGAGAUGUACUUUGCGUACAAGGAAGGCCGUGCCAAGACCAACCCAGCAGACUUUUGGGCCAAGGGAGAAAUCGGUUUCUUUGAUUUCUACAUCAUCCCGCUUGCGAAGAAGUUGAAGGACUGUGGUGUCUUCGGCAUCUCUUCUGGUGAGUUUUUGAGCUAUGCAAAUCAAAACCGAAAUGAGUGGGAGACCAAGGGGCCUCAAAUUGUGGCUGAAAUGGUGGAGAUCUAUGGCAAAAACGAAGAAAAGGAGUUUCAGGACGAAGAGGUGGCGGUUUUGUAGCUAGAUACACAGGCCAGGGUAAUUUGCAUGUUAGCUAGCUAGACAAACGCAAUGAAACGGCAAUAUUCCAAGCAGCAUUCCCAUGUCUUCACCAUGAGCAAGCACACAAAAGC